GUAGUAAUAAUCACGCUCUAUAUAUGUACGCAUAAAUCUCUCUCUGUUUUAAUCUCCGUGAUCGCAUCAUCGAGGUGGGGUGCGUGCGUGAUUGUGGAAACAGUAAAUGGCCGUGCAAGCCCAAUUCCCUUCCAAUCCCCCCCUCCUCCUCUCCCCCCAUUUCCGCCCCAGGGCUCGCGACGAUGUGUUGCUGGACGAGAUCCACAUGAUCCACGACCGCAGCCUCCUCCGCGCCCACGCCCACGCCCACGCCCAAUUUGACGCAGCUUACAACAACAACAACAGCGGCUGCGGCGGCGCAUGGGCGGAGGAGAACGAGCUCGUGACGCCGCCGCCCCAGAACGGCCCCGUCCCGAUCCAGGCUAGGGUUGUGGCUCCGGCGAUCGACGUCGGCGGCGGCGCAUCCACCAGCGGCAGGCCCGCGGGAGAAGAUGUGGUGUCGCAUCUGCAUCGGCAGAGCGCGGAGAUCGACGCCUUCGUCCGCCUCGAGGUGCCGAUCCUUCUCCAUCUCGAUCCUCGUCUUCGUAGCCUCUAUAUGUAUCUAUCUAUAUAUGUGUAUGUUUCUUCUUGUUGUUGUUGAUGAUGAUGAUGAUGAUGAUGA